CGCCAACACCGCGCCUCGACCAUCUUCCCUCUCCCUCUGUGCACCGCAUCAAGUCACUCUACUUCACAGCAUCACCGCCAUCGUCGCCUCCAGCUUGUCCAUCCUCCACGGCCAAGCAUCAACCCCCCCCCUCGCAAGCGCAUAUCCCAUCCAGCGCUAGGCUGAGAGCUCGCCGCAUCAUCACCCUCCAAACAUGGCUUCCACCACCACAGAGCCCAAGGUCACCGAGCCUGAACAGUCCACCACAAAUGAGCAGCAGAAGCCCGAGCAGAAGCACCUGGCCCUAGGCGAAGACGACGAAUUCGAAGACUUUCCCAUCGACGACUGGCCCGCCGACCAAACCGAAGCCGCCCAGCGCAACGGCGAAACCAAGCACCUGUGGGAGGAGAGCUGGGACGACGACGACACAAGCGAUGACUUUUCGAAUCAGCUCAAGUGGGUGGUUGGCUCUCUCCUAGUUUCUACCCUGCUCCUCACAGCGCUGUCGCUCGACUUUCGUCCCCGUCGCCGCUUCCGUUGAGCAUUGUUGAUCUUGCCUUUUUCUCCUUUUUUCUUGCUGUUGCCGUUGUUUCGUCACCGCUGCUAUAUUACUCUAGGCCGAAUGCCUACUUAAUGUCUUGUUUGAGAUGGGAUACAUAUACAUACAUGUUCAUAUAAUGUUGCUUUUUCUUUUUCUUAUUUUCUUUUUUCAAGUUUGCUACUUCUCUGCUUUUUUGUUACAUUCCUUAUGAGCACACGGAUCCUGACGUGUUUCUUUUCAUAGGGAAGAGCUGAAAAAGGUUGAGGCGGCCAAGCGGAGGUGAAGUCGAGGAGGGGGAGAACCACGAGGACAUCGAUCGGGGCGAACCAAAUCACGUCAUGGGCAUAUAUGGAACGCUAGGCAUAUAGAUUGGGUCUUCAAAUCCAAAGAAUAAAAAAAAAAGGCAUUACUGGGUCCAUUAC